AAAAGAAGAAACAGAUUGCAGCAUAAAGUGCUUAGUAACUUGGUGUUUGUGAAUUACAACUUGCGAUUGGAGAAUAGGGAGUAUUAUACCAAAAACAAAAAAGAAUCAUAUGAUCCCAUAAGCCUUGAAAGCAUUGAUUCUACUGUUACUAGUCACUGGUUGUCAGAAGGGAAAGAAGGUUCAUCUUCUAGGGAAAAUGAAUUGGAUAUUGAUGAGCUGGAUCGAGCAUUAGAAGAG